AUGUUGUACGAAAUGAUAGCAAUUAUCCGCCCGGGGAAAAUCCACGAGGUGAAGGAAAUCGUGCAAACAGCCGGAUCGACCAUCCUUCGCAGCGGCGGCGUGAUCCGCGACAUAGCCAACUGGGGCGUCUUCAUGCUCCCGCGGGCGACGACGUACGCGCAGGCGCGCUACAAGAAGGGCCACUACGUGGUGAUGCGGUACGACGCGGGCGUCAAGGCCCAGGAGACGGUCAGCAUGGCGCUCCGGCUCGAGCCCAGGGUCAUCCGCGCGACGUCGGUCAAGCUGGGCGGCGGCAAGCUCGAGAGGAUGGCAAAGCUGAGCAAGGUGCCGUGGCACACGCAGACGUCGAUGCGGAUGGAACAGGGGCUCACUUAUGACAAGGAUUGA